AUGCUAUAUACAAUUCCAUUACAGCUGGCAGUGUUUGUCGUCACACAGUCGGGUGGCAUUCGAAGAAAACGACAAACGUUCGGCUGUUCGAAUUCGGGAAUCACCGAUUCUAUCAGGACGCUGUUUUUGAAUGCUCACAACGAAGCUCGUUUGAGCGUGGCACAAGGCUUGGAACCAAAUAAAUGUGGAUCACUGCCGUCAGCCAAGAACAUGUACAAACUGCAGUGGGACUGCUCCCUUGAGCAACAAGCACAGGACUACAUCGCCAAUUGUCCUUCGUCGAUGGGAUCCUUCAGUGGCUUGUCGCAAAAUCUUCAGACCUACACUGGAGUUAACAUUUUGACGAAUGUAGCCGAUCAGGUGGCAUCAGCUUUAACGUCAUGGUGGGGUAAAGUCCGUCAGUAUGGCAGCACUGAUCCUGAGAAUAAAUAUGUCGACUCCAAUCUCUACACUUUUGCCAACAUGGUGCACUCAAAGACGACAGGAAUUGGCUGCGCAUACAAAGUUUGCGGCUUAACGAAGCUGACCGUUUUUUGCCUCUACAAUAAAAUAGGCUAUUACACGAAUGGCGUGAUGUGGGAGAAUGGUACUGCCUGCAGCUCUGCCUCCGACUGUACUACGUAUCCCGGCUCGACGUGUAGCGGAGGACUUUGUGUAAAGGAGCUCGAAGUCCCAGACGCUGGAACUAACAUAAUGUGUCCAUCGAAUGCCAACAUGACCGAUGCUACACGACAGAAGUUCCUUGACAUGCAUAACUACCUCAGGUCACGAGUAGCUAAUGGUCUGGAGCCAGACGCGCUCGGUGGAAAUGCUCCAAAAGCUUCAAAAAUGUUGAAGAUGGUCUAUGACUGCAGCGUUGAGGCAUCUGCUAUCAAACACAGCCAGAAAUGUGUCUAUGAGCACUCCACAUCCGCUGAUCGCGUGGGGUUAGGCGAAAAUCUCUACAUGACUACGAUGUUGAAUGCUGACCGAGUUAGCAGCGCAGCUGAGUCUUCGCAACUUUGGUGGGAUGAACUCAAAGAGUAUGGUGUGGGACCAGAGAAUAUAUUGACCCAGGAACUAUGGAACAGACCAAAUAUGGCGGUUGGCCAUUACACGCAGAUGGCGUGGGACCGCACGUACAAACUUGGCUGCUCGAUCCAGCACUGCCCAACGUUCACCUACGCUGUCUGUCAAUAUGGACCGGCAGGGAAUUACAUGAACCAGCUAAUCUACACAAUCGGCGAGCCAUGUACCACUGACGCGGGAUGUCCAGGAGCGUAUACCUGCAGUGUGGCUGAAGGUCUUUGUAACGUAGUCUAG